AUGGCGGACUUCUCACUCGUGCCCAGUGGACAUGGCAGCAACUACACAGGCAUGCUGACGAGAAGCAUUGUCUUCUCUGCAGCUCUCCUAGUGUUUCUCGCUGCAUCUGGCAUGACGAUUGCAUCCAUCGUUAUCCCCGAUUGGAUAGCAUAUGAUGGAAAUACGAAUCACGGAACCUCCAUUCACUACACCUACGGUCUACACCAGAGAUGUUCGAACACGAACCUACCUCCUUCCGAUGAUUCCUAUACCACCUCCGAAGCCCUUCAUUGCGUCCAGUUUCCCCGAUACAAUGACUGCCGAGGAGAUGACAGAUAUUUCUGUAGCAUGUGGAGAUCGGUAGGUUUUUUGAUGUCUUUUGCCGUGGUCCUGGAGGGCAUGACAAUUGCCGCGUUUGCCAUCUUAUUGGUGGGUGGCAAACAGAAAAGAGAACAAGGUUGGGGAGCGCUUACAAUUUUGGUGGUGUUGGCUGCAUUUGUACAGGCCAUUGGAAUGGCCUUGAUGGCGUAUUUGUACGAAAAUGACGAUCGAUUUUUCUCUGGCUGGUAUCUGGACAAGAGUUGGACCAUGUGUACAAUUUCAUGGAGUUUUCAAGCAUUGUGUGCGAUUGCGAUCACCCUCGCUGCCGUGGUUCUCCCAAGUGAAGGAGGUUAUGAACUGAUACCGGAUCAUGCUUGA